CCCGGACACACCCACCCAGCAUCCCGGCUCGCGGCUGCUGCCUCGUGCAUCUUCCCGCUGAGUUUUCACAGAGCGAACAUGGAGGCUCUGGCCAGAGAGAGCAUCAGUCUGCUGACCUCGUCCACCGCAAAGCCGCCGCUUGACGCCGGGCCGCGGCUCGGUUCUACUGGGGCCGUUUUCAUCAUGCUGAAGUCCGCUCUGGGCGCGGGGCUCCUCAACUUUCCAUGGGCCUUCGAGAGGGCCGGGGGGGUCCGCAGCGCCGUCACCGUGGAGCUGCUCUCGCUGGUCUUUCUCACCAGCAGCCUCAUCAUCCUGGGUUACUCCUCGUCCGUCAGCGGUCAGUGCACGUACCAGGCCGUGGUCAAAGAGGUGUGCGGACCGGCCAUCGGGCAGCUGUGUGAGAUCUGUUUCAUCUUCAACCUCUUCAUGAUAUCCAUUGCCUUUCUGGUCAUCAUGAAUGACCAGCUGGAAAAGUUGUGCGACUCGUUGUACGAGGUGGUGACGGGUUUGCCAAAGUCAGAGAUGCUCUACCACUUCUACACUGACCAUCGCUUCGCUCUGCUGCUGCUCUGCAUCCUCAUCAUUCUACCGCUGUCCAUCCCCAAAGAGAUCAGCCUGCAGAAAUACACAAGCGUUCUUGGUACUCUGGCUGCCACCUACCUCACCGUGGCCAUCAUCAUCAAGUAUCACACCUUACCGACUGUUCGAGGUCACAUUCCGAUCCACUCCACCGGGAAGAACUCCUGGGCCUCCAUGUUCAGUGUGAUUCCAACCAUCUGCUUUGGUUUCCAAUGCCAUGAGGCCUCUAUCGCCAUCUACAGCAGCAUGGAGGACCAGCAGCUCUCUCACUGGGUCGCAGUCUCCGUGGUGGCCAUGGUCAUCUGCCUCAUCAUUUACUCCCUCACAGGGGUUUAUGGGUACCUGACCUUUGGAAGGGAAGUGAAGGCCGACAUUUUAAUGUCAUACGCCAGCAGUGAUGUCAUGAUGCUCGUGGCCAGGCUGCUGUUUGGAGUCUCCAUCAUCACCAUCUAUCCCAUCCUCGUGCUGCUGGGCAGGUCGGUCAUUCAGGACUUUCUGCAGAGCUGGCAGCGGCGGCAGCGAGGAGGUGUGGCCUCACCAGAGCUGGAGAGGCGGAGCCGCUACCUGCUGACGGUGCUUUGGAUCACAACGACACUGCUGAUCGCUUUGUUUGUACCAGACAUCAGCAAGGUCAUCGGUGUCAUCGGGGGAAUCAGUGCCUUCUUCAUCUUCAUCUUUCCAGGACUCUGUCUGAUGUUCUGCAUGCAGACUGAACCUGUGUCCUGCAGAACCAGAGUUCUUCUUAGUGGUUGGGGAGGCGUGACCCUAAUCUGCGGCGCUUUCAUCUUCGGCCAGAGUACCACCGUCGCUGUGAUGCAGCUCCUCGGAAAGAUGUGACACCGCUCUGCAGUCCAGGUUUUUCUUACACAAACGGUGUCAACUGUAUCCCUGGUUUUUAAACCUUUUAAAGGAACAUCCAACCAUGAACUUUUGCUGAAAUCAGUGACCCCCCACCCCAACCUCCUUAAAACUGUUGUUUUGAUCUACUUGACUGGAUCAACAACAACAAGCCCACAGUGAUAUGACUGAAAUCCUCAGGUUUUCUGCAGUUUUUUGACUGUUUGUAUUGAGCUCUAAUAGGCAGAAAUCAUAUUUUUCUAAAUGUUUUUUUAAGUUUUACUUUACUGUUAGCAAAAAUCUUUGCAAAUAGGUGUUAAACUCCAGCCAUAAAACCUCUGUACUGCUGGUUUCAAGCUAAGCUACUGCUGCAGCUUCUCUUUGGCAAAACACCUAAUUCAGGUAAUUAUCUGAAAUAAUGUCCAUAACUGCUAAAAAUCAAUAAUUAAUCUGACUUUUCUUCAUAAAUUAAUUUUAUGCUGAAAGUUUAGAUUUUAUUUUUUUUACUAGAGUUAAUAAAACUAAACCUGUAAAUCCAUAUCAAAAUGUUUAAAUAUAAAAGCCAAAUGUUAUAUUGCUCUACACAUAAUAGACUAGGAUUAACUGUAAGGAUCAGUGUCUAAAUCAGGAAUGAACCACUCAAAAAGAAAAAAAAAUGUGAGCAGUGAAUGUUUGAAUAAAAUAGACCAAAAUCAUCCUAAUGCUACGGUCACAAAUACAACUCUCAAAGCGCAUUGGAGGCAUUGGCAGAAUCUUCAAGAUUUUGUGGCGCCGCGGCCCACUUUUUUGGGGGGGGGGGGAAUUGUUGGCGUCAUGAAUGGUCCGUUUUUUUUUUUUUUUUUAGACCUACUGUUUGAGAAAAAUUAUUUAGUUAAUUUAAAAAUUUAAACUUUUUCUUUCCUUGAAGACCUACAGGGUCAAAUUUGGCCCCCGUUCGUCUUUUUUUCUUACUAAUUUUUUGGCCGCUGUGAUUGGUGCAAACUAAGAAAAAUGUAGAUCUUAAAGUAUUUUUCCAAAUUCUGAAAAUGUGUACCAGAAUAAACACAGAAAACCUUAAGUUUUACAGUUUUAUUGAGUCGCAUCACUCUACAUUGUCUAAAAUUUCAACAAGAUAUCCUUUACAGACCAAAUAUACUUGCAUCCCUGCGAUAAGUCUCUACACUUGAAGAGAAAGCAGUUUUACUGAAACAUACAUUAAGAAUUAUUUCAUUAAACAUCGCCAUAAAAGUGAAUCUUCAUUCAUUUUUCUAGUCAUAUAUAUAUUUAUAUAUUUAUAUAUAUGUCUUAUAGAAUAGAUUUUGUCUUUCAUAGGAAUACUAGAAAAGAAAGAAGGUAAGAAAUGCACAAAACGCAUUAAAGAGUAGCAUGGCCUAAAACUACAGCAAAGUUGUUACUGGACAUUCAUUUGACAUGCACUCAGUCAAAGGAUAGAAAAUAACACAGCCACAGGAAGAGUGGGAGGUGGGGGGUAGAUACUAAUGGUAUUAAUGGCAGUCAGUUUGGCAAAUUCCUGACUGGCUUUAUGAACAGCUUCCCCUCAAUAGGGGGCGCCAUCAUGUGUCCUGCUGCUGCUCCAGGAAACAUGCAGCUUUGUGUGUGGAGGGAGGGGGGGCAGAAAAGAACACAGUCUGAGGAAUGUAUCAGCAGGUAACAGUAUUGGCAUUUCUAACAGUUUAGUCACGUUGUCAUUUAGACAAGCUGGCCACUCGGGGCGCCGCUUACAUGAGGGGCGGGGCUGCACUCGGCCGGACUCGGCGAGCUAUGGCUUUCAGAGCUAAUAAGCAGAUCCAUGCAGUAUGGCUUGGGUUUAUUGAGAAUACAGCAACAGGUCCUUCAAAAAAUGUCUUAUUUUCACCAUGUGGAGAUUUUUGCAGUGCAACGUUAGUAAGGCAAACAAUCCGAGGAGCAAAAGGGGAAUUAAAACGUCUAUUUGUAGUUUUUUGUUUUCAUUUGAUUGUAAAAUAAGGAAACUGUUUUUUAUUUAAAAUGUUAAAGUGGUUUCCUUUUUUGCAUUUGCACUGGCGGUAAUUAUAAAACAAAAAUAACAUUAUUUGGCCUUUUUUUAGAAUGAUUUAAAGUGAAGACACAAACAAAUCUUUUUUUUUUUACUUUUUUGAUGCUUUUCUUAAAUUCUUUGAGGCUCCUUGUAAAAUGUUUUUUUUUUUAUUAAAUUGCUUAACACCUUAAUGCCAACGUGCAUCGAAGCCCUUUGACUCCAAAAUUAUCUUAAAUUAACAGGGCUGGAUUUAAAGAAUCAAAUCGAUUUGAGUUUAGUAAACCAGGGGUGUCAAACUCUAUCACACAUCCAAAAUACAAACAGACAAACAUUUAUAGACACAUAAAAAACGAAAUUGUUAACUUUUAAAAAUUAACUUUUUUUUUAGCAUAAAUAUGAAUAAAAACUGACUAUAUUAUAUAUGAAUAAAUAAAUAAUAAAUAUUAUUCCCCUUGACUUUGACACGUGCAGCAAGCAAAUAAUUGAUACAUUUCCUUUUCUGCCAAAAAAAUCAUUUUAUAUAAAUAUGACAUCUGCAUGUGUAAAACUGUGGAAAAAUGAAUAAAAAAAAUAAUGAAUCAAAUCCAUUCUAGAAACUACUGGUGACACUCAGCCCUAAAAAUUUGCAUCUACAUGAAAGCAAAAAGACAAGUAAAUUUUAUUCUUAUAGUUGAAAAAAAAAAAACAACAAAUAUUUGUACACCCAAGAAGCAAAUCAAAACAUUUGUGUUGCUGAGGUAAAAAUCUUGUCCAUAGAUAGAAAUACAGAUUGGCAUGAAUGGGAUAAAAUUUUGCUGCUAGCAUCUAACAAAAAGUGGAAGUUGGAUAUCAACUGGGGGAACAAUAAUGGAAAAUCUGACCCAAUUGGUGUCUCUUAUACCUGCUGAGUGAACCACAGGCAGUCAAAUGAAAAAUCUCCACAUGGCAUCUUUAACACAAACUCAGGUUAUUUUCACGUUUUUCAAGCCUAUUGUUAGACAUGUUUGGACCUUCACCUGUCGCAGACCAGCCCAGUGCAGCCCAGUCCUCCUCACCCCGUCACUGGUGCUGGAUCAGAACCACUGUAGCUGGAUCCACCUUCUGCCACCACAAUCACACACACACAGGCUAUCGAUGGGAAAGUAGACCCAACAGUGAAGAAAGCUGAAAGUAAAGCACUAUUGAUUCAAACGGACAACCCAUUAAUCUCCAAAUCAUUUUCAAAGUCACAAUUCUCACUUUUUUUACAUUGUGCUCUUGUUGUAAUCAGAUUGGCUCUCUGUGAGGUGAAGUGGCAUCUCUUCAUCGUUUUUUGGCCUCUAAAAUGUCAACAAGUAGCUACGCUAAUGAAAUUCCGAUGAUGCUCUGCGAGUUAUGACAGUUUUAAAGGUCAGGCACUAACAUUUAAAUGUCUUUGCAAUCAAACUAAACGUGGUUGAGUGUUUUUCCUAAACUUCAGCUUCCACAUAUGUGUGUUUUCAUGCACAAGUCAACUUCAAUGAGCUGUACCCGUCUUUCUCUCUUGGAGUCUCUGAUUUCUGGGAUCAGGAAAAUCUGUAACUUCAGUCCCGUUAAAAAAAAAA